AUGGCUCAAGCUUCGACAGCCGACCCGUCGAGUGAUCGUGCUGUCUCUUCCGAGCCUUGCUCGACUCGCCCCAAUCCCUUUGACGACGAUAACGAGCUCUCCUCCAGGAAGCGACGUCGCACAUCCCUAGCAAGCGACUCUCGAAGCCGAUCGGUUGAGACCCUUCGCUCUUCCCCUAGCCCACCCGUUGCGGGCACUUCGGCCAUCGAUUCGAGAAGCGAUUCUGCCAUGAAGAUUGACUCGGACCUCGCCAUACCCGCCACCCCCGAGCGGCAACAACCCGCCGCCGAACCUACCUCUGUCUCUAACCCACGAUCUAGCCGCGUCACAAUAAACCAAGUACCUCGCGCAUUCAUCGAGUGGAUAGACAAGUAUCUCAUCUUUGUCAAGACUGCGCCUCUCCCCGCCGUCGAAGAUUCCACCUUCAUGCAUCGAGAUAUGUGGCAAGCUGUGCCCCAACUGGUUCUCCACAUGGUGUCUCGGAAGUCCUUUGCGCAGUUGGCAGCCUUCUUCAUCGAGAUGGAUCUCCGAGCCCUGCGAAGUCAAACCAUGACCGACGAGGCGCGCGUCCAAGCGCUCGCUUCACCACCUUACAUCCACGCACUUGGAGCCCUCGCGCGCCGGGAAGAGGUGUCAAUACACAGUUCACAACUCUCGCGCAACGGGGACGAUGAUUGGAGCUACGUCGCUGAGAUGAUGAUGAUCGUGGACGCAUUUCAAAACUUUCCGACAGUCCAAGGAGGGUCCCUCUUCCUUAUUCGGCAGCUAGCCACGCCCGAGCUCGAGCUUGCGUCCCAGUUCCCUCGGCCGAUCACUGAUCACCUCGGUAAUCUAUGCCUGGUAGCGGGGAACAUCAUGAAGUACACGUUCCGCAGGGCACAAUACUCCACCGGCCAGCAAGUCAGUGAACCUGCGAAGCGCGCCAUCGCUCGCAUGUAUACCUUCUUCACGACCAUGGCCGGCAUGCUUUCGGACAUGAUCGACAAGAACCUCAACCAGCUCUCGUCCGAGGGUGCGGCAAACCUUAUCGAGGGACUGACAGAGAUAUACCAGACCUGCCUAGCCACGGGUGGCAUCGUCCCUUCGGCUGUCAUCGACCGUCAUCUUCAGGACCGACCGGCCGUCGCUCCACAUUUUGUGCCGGAGGCAAUUUCAUACCAUUGGAAGUUCACGCACUUUGUCAAGCUCAUUAGAUCCGGCCAAAUGCAGUUACGCGUUAUGGCGGUGAGUACCAUGUGCAGCGAUCUCGUUGCUUUGUACCGCAAGAACGCCGACCCGCCUGGAGAGGAGGCCACACUCUCUCUGUUGCGCUACGUUGCGGACUUCCUUCUGAGUACGGGGCUGGUGAACUACAUCUUGGGCCCGACGUGUCAUCCGGAAAUCACCCUUGAGAGUAGCAAUGUCAUCGGCUUUCUGGUCGUCUCGACCACAUAUUCGCGAGCGCACACCGACGCCUUGUGGCAGACAGUCACGUCGACACAAGACCCCCGGGUAUCGGACGCUCUUAUCCGAAUGAUUGGUCGCAUCGCCAACCUGUUCCCGCAGGAAUCGCUGAUGUAUUUCCUGGAUAAGUUAAAUACGGUUCCCGUCGAGGUCUUUGGCUCAACCAUGCGAGAGUUCUGCGACCAGGUCCUCAAACAGAUUCUCACUCGCUUCCCAGAGAGUCUGCUCACCGAUUCCGCCCCGUUCAACCUGUUCAUCCGCCUCAUCCGCCAAUCCUCGGGGUUGGGGCCACAGUCACCGGUUGCGUAUCCCGACCUUCAGCAGUUCGCGAUACAGAAGUUUGACAGCGUUCUGAACCACGGCCCUGGCCAGGAGGGCCGCUGGAAGAUCUACCGCGACUGCUUGAGUGACAUCGCGCAGCAGUCCCCAUCCACGAUAGGGAGCCUCUGGGUUCUUAAGAUGACGAUCCGGUUUCAUCAUGCCCGGGACUUGCACGAGUUGGCUUCUGAGCACGACCUGACCAAACUCCUGAUCGAAGAGCUCGCUGCUACUAUCCCCGUGGCGAAAGCGGCUGGCUUUCCCUGCCGUCAUCAGUGGGGCACAGAACGUUCCUCGAAAGGAACUUCUAACCGAAGCUUAGGUCGGAACCCUUUCGCGUCGGUCUGCUUUGCCGAGUAUCUCCUAGCCCUGGACCCCGAGCUUUUCUGCCAGGGUGCUCUUGACUUUGUCCGCGAGGGUGUGAUGCCGCUCGUGAACGACCCCGCUAGCAUUGUUCUCGACGAUGAGGAGAACUCUAAAAAUGCUGGAAUCGAAAUGCUGUGGCGGAUUGCUCUUACUGCCCCGACGGGAACAGUCGAGAAACGGGCUAUCCACACCCUGGUCAGCGAUGUUUACCUCGAGAGUCGGUCCAUCCAGUCGUUCCCACCUCAUAGGGCCAGAAAAGUACAUCUGGCCCUUGCUGACCGGUGCCUCGGGCAACUCUCGUCGGCAGCUGCGAGGCUAAAGACCUUUGCCGAUGGCACCACUAGCGGGGACGACGACUCCAUGGUUAUCAUUGCCACGGACCGACAAAUCCAAGAGCAAGAACUAUUGUUUGUCCGCUCCCUGGCGGUCUUAAGAGAGUUCCACCAGGCCCACCAGGCCAAGCCGCAGUUUUCCACGCCGGACAUGAGAUCGCUCAUCCCCAACUCGCCGAAAGAAAUGGAGGGAGAGUCUGCAGGACUCAAGUAUCAGUCGUUUGAUGGUGACAAACAGACCACGGUUAUGCCCCUCGACAUCGGCAAGGGCAACACGGCUGCAGCGUUGCUUGCGAGGCUGCGGGAGGCUACCGGCUUCGAGUGCUACCGGAUUUACUACCGGGGGAGGCCGUUUCUUCCCCUGGAAAGUGAUAUCUGCAAGUCCCUGGACGAUCUACAAAUUCACAACGGCCUUAUUCUGGUCAAGAGAGAGACCGAGGCCCCUACUUCACCAAGGGUUCCCCAAGGUGCAUCUUCAGUCGAGGUUGAGAUCUUGAACCACUUCGAUGAAUUGUGGGAAUACCUAUCGAUGGAUGAAAAGCUCGCUCGUGAGAUAUACGGGUUUUUGGCCAAGCUCCCCGUCGAUAAAAAUCUACUCGAGGCAAUUAGCAACCCCUCGGUUUCCUACCUCCACACAUUUCCUCUCGCGCAGCCAUUUAAGUCGCUCUAUGCCGUCCAUGCUCUUCAAGAGUAUCUCGGCUCCUGGCGGCCAAGAUCCGCGGCUGUAGGGGAGCCGAGUCGAACCGACGAUGACAGUCCACGUAUGGCCUCCUUGGCCCGAGCCAUGUCCCUCGUCGUCCCAGCAAUCUCGGACCCUCAGGUUGUGGCCCAAUGUCCGACCCGGGAACUGCAAAUCGAACUUGGUUCUGCUCUCGUAGCCUUGCUUGUUUCCCUUCUCAAAUGUUCCGAACUUCCGGCAUCCACGGCCCAGUCUCUUGACGCUCCCCUCCUGGAUCGUCUUCUUGCGAUUCUCUCAGUGGCUACUGCCUCUAGUCCUCAAAAGGGCGCCAUCAAACACAUAGCCCUGUGUCUCCAGAGCAUUCUGGAGAGUUGUUGCGUGAGCGACGGCUUUUUGGCGACGUUCGCCGCCCACCCAGACGUUCCCCAUGUUCUUGAAGACCUCCUCCUCAACGAUUUGCGGGCCACUGUCCGGCGAACAACGGCGGUCCUCAUUCGAGAAAAAACGGGCGCAGUGGCAGAGAAUGAGAGCUUUGCGGAAAAACGGUCAACGGCAGUUGCUAAACUGAGAGAGUUCUUCUGGCCUCUCAUCUCGCGCCUGGUCAGGCCAGCGAUCACAGGCACUGGAAACUCAGAGGAGAUACUUGAACUAUGUUCCGACAUGCUCAGCACCCUAGAAGAAACGCAGAUCAGAAUGCUGGAUCUCAAGCAACUGUCAAAUGACUGGUUCGACCUGCUUGUCAAGUAUACUGCGUCCGAGGAUCUCACCAAGCCCAACAAAGUUGACUAUGUUGCGGCCGGCCUAGUUCGGCUCCUGCAUGACAUUUCGUGCAGUCGCAGCGGGCGAGCCGGUCGGGACAUACUUCCAGCGAGGGGUACCGCUCAAAAAAUCUUUUGGAAGCACCUAUUCCCGCACCGUGAGGAGGUGACGAGAGAAGUCGGUCGUAGUCGGCCCAUUGGCUGCCCCCAAACCCGGGGCCGGCUAAUGGAAAUUAUCUUCAGGCUAGUCAAAGAUGACCCUACGCAAUACCUGUGGCUCGUCGACGAUAUGCAUGACUUGGUUCCGGUUUUUCCGACCCAAGAUGGUGACGUUUAUUCCUAUGAGCUCCCUCAGCAGUUUGAGAGAUCUAAAGCAAUCAGAGCGCCCUGUGGCUAUCCUGGCGUCCGCAACCUGUCAAACACUUGCUACUUCAACUCGCUGAUAACCCAGCUGUUCAUGAAUGUGGACUUCCGCGAGUUCAUGCUCGGUGCCACCGUUCAAGACCGCACAUACAACCAGCAGUUACUUUUCCAGACACAGAAGUUAUUCGCGUUUCUGCAGGAUAGCGUCCGGCCUUUCAUCAAUCCCGAGGACUUUGUUCUUGGCAUCAAGACCUACGAAGACACUCAGAUCGACGUCGUCGUCCAGAUGGAUGUUGAUGAGUUCUACAAUUUGCUUUUUGACCGGUGGGAGGGCCAGUUUUUGACGGCUGAGGAGAAGAACCGCUUUCGUUCCUUCUACGGGGGCCAACUUGUCCAACAAGUCCGCUCCCAGGAAUGCGAACACGUAUCUGAACGGCUCGAGCCUUUCUCGGCAAUCCAGUGCGAUAUCAAAGGGAAAUGCACAUUGCAAGAAAGCUUGCAGGCCUACGUCGACGGCGAAAUUAUGGAAGGCGACAAUCUCAUCUGUCAUCUAAAGCGCUUUGACUUCAACCUGCGGACCAUGCAGCGGAGCAAGAUCAAUGAUUACUUCGCCUUCCCCGACAAGAUCGACAUGCGGCCGUACACCAUCGAUCACCUCAGCAAUCCUGGCGAAGACGAAGACAUCUUCGAGCUUGUUGGCGUCCUUGUUCAUACCGGAACGGCGGAAUCAGGCCAUUAUUACUCAUACAUCAGGGAGCGCCCGACCGACACCGACGCCCAAACUUGGGUCGAAUUCAACGACGAGACGGUCACCCCGUGGGAUCCCGCCUCGAUGGCAAACUCAUGCUUUGGAGGCACAGAUUUCCAGCCCCAGUUCCAGUCAAGCAAUGCGGUCUUUGAAAAGCAGUAUAGCGCCUACAUGUUGUUCUACCAGAGGUCAUCGGCUCGGACCAAGAAUCAGGUGGUGCCGCAGCCGCCCCAGGAGCGCUCGAUUCCUCUUGCCGUGAAGAUGCCCAAGGACAUCCAACAGUUUAUCAAGGAGGAGAAUGCCUGGCUGCUCCGGAGGCAUUGCCUGUUUGACCCGUCCCAAAUCCAGUUUGUGUGCUUGAUCCUCUCUAAUGUGCGGAGCCUGCAUUCGGAUGGGUGCUCUUCGGACCAUGCCCUAGAGACGCAGGCAAUCUUCAUGGCUCUUGGCCACCUGGACCAAGUUGCGUCACGGACGAAGGAUGUCCCCGACUUUUACACGCUUCUGGGCAGCAUCCAGACCAUGUGUGAGAGCUGCUGUCGCUGCAGCAUCGCAGUGCACGACUACUUCAGCAGGUGCGUCUUCGCUCUCCGCAUGUUGAUGCAGAGGAACGCGGACGAGGAUGUUCGUCAGGCGACAGUCAACUUCAUGAUUCACGUUCUCCGGUCGAUCAAGGCACAUGCCCCGUUGCAAUACGGUCUUCCGCCCCUCGAAAUGGAUGACGAGGGCGAUUCGGAUGAGUUCGACCCGCGGGAAUCGGUCAUAGUGGGGGUGAUCGAAAACCUCGAGCACCUGUGGCUGAACUUCCACAUGAACGUGCGUUCGUGGCAUGAAGUUUUUGAUUUCAUGCUGUCCUUCGUCAAGAUGGGCCGUCACGAACUGGCGGCUUUCUUGGGGCACCACCACUUCUUCAAGUGGCUGAUAUGGAUCGUGUGGGCAGAAACAGAGACCGAGCCGUAUCUCUCGCCGCAGUUCGUUAGACUGGUUUCUUCCAUUGCUAAGAGACCGUCUAACCGGCCACCGUCCUACGAAACGAUCAUUGCCCUCCUGGACUUUUUGCUGUCAAACAUCCGGUUUUCGUACACGGCCGAUGGCCGCCCCACGGGUGCAGCAGACGCUCGAGAGCGGGUGAGGUUCAGGACGGAUCCGGACCAGCCAUUCGAUCUCACCAUAGAGGAAGGCGAGAUUCUCCAUCGGUCGGGCACCGAUAAGGUCAAUACCUUUGCGGACAGGCUUAUUUCGAUUGCCCAGAACCCAGCAGCAACCCACUCGAUCAUCACAACCCUGAUUAAAGAGAGCGACGAGAUGGAGAGUAGCAUCUUUCGCACGUUUCUCUUCCGGAUAUCUGGGCAGAACGCCGAGGGCAAGGCGUUCCUGGACUUCAUGCGGGAGACGUUUGACGGACCGCGAGAGAGGACGGGGGAGACGGCGCACCAAAUUGUCAUGGCUGGCCUCGACAAUGUGCCUGACUGGGCACCCGGCUUGCUCGCCUACUUCGACAUGUCGGUCGUUGAUGGAACUGAGACUUUCCUGCACGAAAAGAUAUUCCGGUACCGCACUUUCCGGCCCUCCGGCAGCGAGGACACGGAAGAGGCGCGGGAAUUGACCGAGAAGAUGCGGCUAACGGCCAGGGCCCUGGGGGUAAGGUGUCUAUACUAUCUUCGGGAUAAUUACGUGGUCCGCAAUGCGGAGGUGACGGAGCGCGCAGUUGGGGGCUUGCAGCGAGUGAUCAAGCAGUGCGGCAGAUACUUUAAUCUGAAGGAGCCAGCGGAAGAUAGCGAGGCCCCGGGCUUCAUGCAGCUCAACCAUGUGGACGACUUAGAGGAGGAUGGCUCGGACUGGGCAAAUUCAUCCGUGGGCUCCGGGCAACUCGACGGAUUUGAAGACGCCGUCACGCACGAACUGCGGGGUGGGGAAGAGUAG